AUGAAGAUUACGAACCCCAUCAUCCCCGGGUUUGCCCCGGACCCCACCAUAACUGUCUUCAGAGACACCUACCUUCUAAUCAACUCUUCUUUUCACGUGUUCCCUGGACUUCCCAUCUACUCGUCUCGGGACCUCGUCAACUGGGAGCUCAAGGGACACGCGUUGUCCCGCCCAUCUCAGCUAUCACUUUCCAACGCCUUCACAAAGUUUAUUCCGCUUCCUCACGGCAUCCCUCUGAUCAUCACUGGUGGUCUGUUUGCGCCAACUCUUCGACACUUCAAAGACAGUUUCUACCUCGUUUGCACAUAUGCCUUUGAAAAGCCCGACGGAUCGCACGAGUUUCAGAACUUCCUGCUCAGCUGUCAUGAAGACGCCAUAUUUUCCGACGACGGGUGGUCAGACGCUGUACCUUUCGAGUUCCCUGGGAUUGACCCCAGUCUUUUCUUUGAUGAGGCAUCAGGCAAGGCAUAUCUGCACGGCUCCUAUCGGACCGGGCCUCCUUGGGCCCCAGACUGCUCUAUCCGCCAGUUCGAGAUUGAUGUUGACACUGGUGAAGCCUUGUCAGAGUGCAAGUUCCUAUGGAGGGGUGCAGCCGGAAAGGAUGACGCUGAGGGGCCCCAUGUUUACUUCAAAGAUGGCUGGUACUACCUUUUAACUGCUGAAGCGUCCACAUUCGAGGGCCACCAAAUCAACAUCGCAAAAUCUAAAGACAUAUGGGGGCCUUAUGAGAGCUGUCCAAACAACCCGUUAUUGACUGCUUUUGAGAAGGAUGAGGAUGUCCGCUGGGCUGGUCAUGGUGACCUCUUCCAAGACCUGGAGGGAAGGUGGUUCUGUGUCCAUCUGGGCAUACGACACGACCACACCAACGUUCAGCGGCAUCCCCUAGGUCGCGAGACUUUCCUUACACCAGUUGAAUGGCCCUCUGGGGACUGGCCUCGUAUAGCACAGACUAAGCUUGAGAUGGUGGUUGGUUCAGAAGGAGAGUCUGGUGAGGCGCAAGGUCAUGGGUACAAAAUCAUGAAUGAACAGCUCGAGGAUCUUUACAUCCGCACUCCCAACGUCGAUCACUAUUCCUACUCCGCCACAGAAGAUACUUACUCCCUAUGCGCUCAGACGUCGACUCUGACAGAACCCCUCGGAACGUCCACAUUUGUCGGUCGAAGGCAGAGAUCCCUCUCUGGUUCCGCCUCCACGACCGUGGAACUGGGCUCUGGUAAGCUUCAAGAGCUCCCAUUGGCUGGCUUGGCCAUCUACAAGGACAGCUUGCGUCACGGAUGUAUUCAGAUCGAUGGCCCCAAUUCCACGACUACCGCGUUCUUGAACGUGAUCAAGGACAAGAAGUCCGAGAGCAUCCAGUUGGGAUCGACUGCGAUUCCUAAUGGCGCGGCAGCCGUCGACCUCCGCAUUCAGACCUUGCCCGACAGUUACGAGUUUCUAUGUCGCUUCAUCACAGGUGAUGGAGAAAGCGGAUGGCAUAGUCUAGGAAAGGGAGAUCCAGUGCUUCUUUCAGGGUAUGAUAUGACUGGCACCUUGUACGGUAUCUACGCAUCCUUAGACGAUGUAAAGGACAAAAGGGAGGGCGGUUGGGUCAGAUUCAGGCACUUUAGAGUCGAGUAA